CUUGGUCGCCGACCCACUGUGAUUUUCAACCCGAAAGUGUAGUCUGAACUUUCCGGCCGGCGCAGUGAGAGCACAAUACCACCCGGAAGUGACGCCGCCUCCGCUGCCAUGAAGCUGAGACUCAGAUCAGCCGUGACCAAAGAUACCAUACGGGUAGACGUCCCUCCUUCUUCCACCCUGCCGGAACUCAAACGCCUGCUUUCUCAGGCACUCCCCGGAUCAUCCGCCGGCUCCUCUCAUUUCUCUCCAGAUUCUAUUCGUCUCUCGCUCAACCAUAGAGACGAGCUUCGAUGCUCUUCGCCCGACGAAACGCUUCAGAUGCUAGGUAUUACCUCAGGUGACCUCAUCUUCUUCUCCCUUAAUCCCAUUCCUUGUGAAUCAUUGGAAACCCUAAAUUCUUCCAUUUCCUGCUCUAAUUUACCGGUUGAAUCGUCCACGAAAUCUGAUCCCGCGAACCAGAACGAGAAAAACCUAGAGCCAAGUUCUGUUUUCCAGGUUGGAUUGACCGGGAAAUCUGAUUCCGUGAACCAGGACGUGAACGCCACAGGGUUGCUCCAGCCAGGAGAGGAAGUAGAGGGUGAACUCAUGGAAAUAGAUUGGGAUGUGAAUGAUGAUGAUGACCAGCUUUCAGUCACAUCUGGGAAAUCAUUGUCAAUCCCUGGAUUUUUGAGAAAAGUGUUCACAGAGGAGUUGAGUAAUGAUGAUGAUGGUGGUGUUAGAGAUCACAAGUUCUUGAUGAUUGCCGUUCAUGCCGUUCUGCUUGAGUCUGGAUUUGUUGGUUUCGACCCAAUUCUGCUUAAGAAAAUCAUCAGAUUUCAAUCACCAUUCCAAAGAGGAGGUACUGAUCCCUGUUACACACUGCUUGAGAUUGCUGAUAAUGUCACUGUUAAUGACCAGAACAGUAAUAAUAUCAUCCCCACUUUUAAUCUUAAGAUUCAGACACUAGGGAAGUUUGUGAUAGUUUAUGGUUCGCUCUCAUCUGGCAGUUCCCCAGUGCACCGUGUUGAACUAAAUGAAGAACACUUAAUUCCACUGUUGAAUGUUGCCUGGUCUAACUGUGGGUUAUCUGAGAAAAUAAUUCCCGGAGAAGAUGGCCUUAUAUGGACUUCGCCCGAGAAAGAAAUUUUCCAGUUCUGGAGGACCGUCAAGGACAGGCUUGCAUUGCCAUUGUUGAUUGACAUCUGUGAGGUUGCUGGUUUUGGACUCCCACCAUGCUUUAUGAGACUCCCCACUGAACUCAAGCUGAAAAUCUUGGAAUUACUGCCUGGCGUUGAUUUGGCAAAGAUGAGCUGCGUCUCAUCUGAGCUGAACUACUUGGUGUCAAACGAUGACCUGUGGAAGCAGAAGUAUUUGGGUGAAUUUGGGAAUCCUUCUGAUGGGAGGAGGAGGACGGCUGGGAAUUUGGUUGAAUUUGGGAGUUCUGCAGAAGAUGGUGGCUGGAAAAAGAAGUUCAGCUUAGCUUUAAAAAAAUUGAAGAGGAGGAGGAGGACUGUGAUGUUCAGAAGAAGACCUUUUGGGUAUAGGAUUCCUCCCUUUAUAGGUCAUUGGCAACCACGAAUUAUUGGAGAUCACAAUCCAUUGCUUCAGCCACCACUUGACCCUCUUCAUCAUAUCGAUACCUCCAUUCCCAGGCGGUUGGGUAGUCAUGUGCCUCGCUGUGAUCUCAGGUAGUUUUGAAACACAUGGCAUUUGCUUACCUUUUCAGUGCACAUUAUCAUAACAAUCUCCAAUUAUGAUGGAGUUGCUUUGUUAUUUGAUGCAAUCAUGUUUUGACAUGUUUCAUAUCAAGAUUUGUCUUUCAGACAGUGUCUCUAUCUUAUCUUUUUGGCCAUUAUCAGUGAUUAAGUUUUGUAUGUUGCGUCAUCGAAUGUUUUGUGUUUCCCAAUAUCAUAUGACUGAUUACAUGCUUCUUUUGUCUUUGUUCUUGCUUCAAUGGUUUCUUUGUUCUUACUUCAUACUGUUCUUUUUUAUCUUGAUUUCAUAAUUUUUUCGUUUAUCCCAAUAUUUUUUCAAGAAAAUGAAUUUGUGGUUGAUAU